AAAUAUAAAUUCAGUCGUCAGUCACACUCGCGGGUAUUCACUUGUCAGACAACAAGACAAGCAAUUAGUCCAUUAUUUUUUCUUUGUGCUCCUUAUAACUAAAAAACACUAAAUUACCAUGGAUGAUAUUCCAAAGGAACAAAUUGCAUUGUUGCAAAAUGCCUUCAAUGCUUUCGACACAGAGAAGAAAGGCCAUAUUGAUGUAGCUAUGGUUGGAAACAUCUUGGCUAUGUUGGGACACGUUCUUGAUGACAAAAUGUUGCGUGACAUCGUCUCGGAAGUCGAUGAAGACGGCUCAGGAGAAAUUGAAUUCGAAGAAUUCAUCCAAUUAGCUGCUCGUUUCCUCGUUGAAGAAGAUGCCGAAGCUGUUGCCAAGGAAUUGAAGGAAGCCUUCCGUUUGUACGACAGAGAAGGAAACGGUUACAUUACCACAGGAACAUUGAAAGAAAUCUUGAAGGAAUUGGACCCCAAUAUUUCCAACGAAGAUUUGGAUAGUAUGAUUGAGGAAAUCGAUUCUGAUGGCAGCGGAACUGUUGACUUUGAUGAAUUCAUGGAAGUCAUGACUGGAGGAGAUGAUUAGAUUCAAUUUUAACUUAAUUUUCAUAUUUUGGAUACCGAAAUAAAUUCAGCUUUAAGCAUACAGUAAUCUUAAGUCUUUAUUAUUUAUAAUUUAUGAUGAGGAGGAAGAAUGUCAGAGAAUUGA